AUGCCUGCACCUGCAUCUACGGUCUCUGAGACCCACUACGAACUCGUUCGCGACGCCAUCUUCGAUAAUGAUCGUGCUCGCGUGGCCGAAUUGUUGGCCGUCCCAGGUGUAGAUGUCGAUCACUUUGAUGCUGGAGGGCAAACGCUGCUCCAUCUCGCGUGCUUCUGGGGUCGAAUGGACUUGACCAAGUUGCUGCUGGCAGCAGGGGCGAGUCUCAAGACCAAGAACGCAGCUGGGUGUACAGCAUUAGACCUUGCAACCCAUUGGGGUCAUUCUGCAGUAGCUGAAGUUAUUCGACUACGCGGAGGAAGUAGCGUGUGGGAAGACAAGCUCGGUACACUUCAAGUUGAGCUGGAAGAUCUCACACUACGAGCCCAACAUCUAGAGACACAGAACAACGAUAAAAACCUUCGACUUGAGGCCACGAGGCUGGAAAUUCAGGCCGUGCAAACUCAAUUGGCUGAAGAGAAGAGCGCUCAUGUGCUCACACUCGAGUCUUAUCAACGUGUUCGACAGCAGCUCAACCUCGAAAGCGAGAUGAACCAGCAGCUUGAAGUGGAGAGAGCGUGUCUUACAGAGCAGUUAAAGGAUGUCAAGCAUCAGGAACAAGCUGCUCACAACUGGCAAAGGGCUGAAGUGGCUGCUGCAAUCUCGGACUCUCAGAGGAAUUUUGCACUAGCAGAACGAGAUCAGUUCCAUCGAGCGCAACUGGCAACGUUAGCUGAGCUUCUGGUGGCUACAGAGAGACUUGGAGCGGCUGAAAAUGAGCUCAUGGCGCUCAAAACCGACUUGGCUGAGCACAUUUUCGACAUGAAGAGAGAACAGCGCAGCCAGAAACGCGCAGCUCGGGCAAUGGCGCCCACUCGUUCGCAAGGUAACCGACGACCAAUUACGACGCCUGUGGAUGCGAAGAAGACAAGAAAACCGGAAGAAGUCGAAGAACUUCUCCAAGUAGCGAGAGAGACGCCCAAGAAAUUGUUUUCCCUUGCUGCUCGAGAGUAUAGAGAUCGAGUGUACACAGAAGAGCAGCACAAACUUCGAGGACGUGACCAACGACGGCAGAAAGUGGAAAACCAGUAUCGAUCUCACGGAUUUCGAGCUGCUGUGGUGGAGGCUGAGGCUUUUCAAGAAGAAUUUGUGUCCUCGGUUCGAUCCUUUGCGUCGUCUCGGAGCGAGAAAUGGCAGAACCUCAAACGUGGCCGAGAUCGACAAGCGCGUUUUGCUACAGUGACACUUGCUCGGCCCAUUUCCACUGCCCCGCUAACAGCUAGUCCACCUUCUGGUUUGGAAGGAACGCUGAAUUUCAGUUUAUAUGGGAAAUACGCGGUACCGUUGCCUCAAAAUACGGGAGAAAAGCAAAGACCUACCACGUCGUGUACGGAGCUAAAAAGUCAUGCGGAUUUUCUAUCAGAGACGAAGAAGAAGACUGCGAACUACCCACAACUACAGGAGGAAGCAACUAGCAAAGAAUUGGACAAAACAGGGUCAUUCCUACCGAUGGUUUAA